AUGAAUGCUCCACUUCCAGAGAAAAUGAUUCAGAAAUUUGUACAAUCCAUAUUUAUAAAUCAAUUAGAAUCAAUAGAUGGAUGUAUUGUUGAAACAUGAAGAACUCUUGGCGAAGUAGAGAAAAAUAAAUGAAUAGAAAUUGAAUGACCUUUUCGAUCGCAAUCUUUAAAUAGAAACAAAAGAUCGAAAAUUGUAAGAACAAGUACACUUACUGCUGUUAAUCAGAUCCUCACCUAACGAUAUUAGAAUGAGUAGCUCAAGAUCUAGUAAGAGAAACAAAAACAACUUCAUGAUGUAGAGAAAUAGAAAAGGGAUAAGAAGACAGCAUAAAAUGAAUUAUGGUCAACUGAGUAGAAACAACACGAGAAGGAGAUCCAACGUAGAAUAUUUGAAAUCUAGAAUAAACUUAAAUACGAGGAGUUUAAAAAAAAAACCGAUGAUUUGAUUAGUUAACUAGAUUACAAUUUAAGGAAAGUCAACAUUCGCUAUCUUGAAAAAUAAGAAUAAAAAGAGAGAUAAGUGAAUGAAUAUAUGAGUUUAAAACAGUAGACUUUAAAUUCAUCAAUGCAAAUCAAUGAAUCUCAUAAUCAAAAUGUCUAUUCCAACUAUUAAUUGUAGAUGAAAAGAAUCCAAGAAGUAAAUUAAGAUAUGUAUUUAGAUUUGUUAACAAAAGCUGAAGAAUUAUGAAAACAAGAUUAAUAAAAUUUAUAAAUAAAAAUAUGAAAAGAUGGAUUAACUUAGUUAAAAGGUUCAAUAAUCCUAGGAACAUUAGGAAUUGAUCAAAGAGAGAUCUAAUUAGAUAUUUUAGAACAAAAUAAAAAAGUUAAAAGAUAAGAUGGAAUAUUUUUAGGAUAAGAUAAACUUUAUUGAGAAGAAGAGAUUAUCAGACUUACAAAAUAAUUAUAAUAAAGAACUUGAACAUCAUCAGUAAAUGAAUUAAGCGAGGGCCAAGUCUGAGAAUAUAUUUAGAAAUAAGUCUCUUAAUCUUUUGAAUAAGCAAUUGUUGAAAGAGUAAGCAUCUAAAUUGGUUCAACACCAGAAUCAAUUAGAACUUGAAUAGAAACUCUUGAGAUUGAAUCAGAAAUAGCUUACACAACAAUCUUAAGUGAUGAAGGCAGAUUAAUUUAAAUAAUCCUAUCUUUAAUAAUUGGAAUAAAGAAUUUCUUAAAGGGAUAUGAGAUUGCAAGAUUAAAUGUAUAAUAUGAAAUUAAAUUGGUUAGAUAAAAUAAGUUAGAAAUCUAAAGGAGAAGAUUGAAAGUUAUUGAGGACAUGGAGAGAUAAAAAAGAGACAUGUUAUUAAAAUUGGAAUCAGAAAGAUUGCCAACAACAAACACUAAUGAUUUGAAGUAUUUUCAUAGCACUCCUAGAUUACAAUCUAAAAUAUUUAUAACCUGA